AUGAGUCUGGGAACCUCGCAGACGCCGGAAGAAAAUGCUACCGUGGCUGCGAUAAGCGUGAAGGUACCCCCCUUCUGGGUAGAGGAACCCGAAAUGUGGUUCGCCCAGUUGGAAGGCCAAUUUCAAAUUGCUGGCAUCACUCAGGACAAUACAAAAUUCGCGUAUGUCAUUGGAAAUCCCGAAGGAAAAUACGCGAAAGAGGUGGCGGAUAUAAUUACGCGCCCCCCUGACACAGGUAAAUAUGAAGCCAUCAAAAGACAGUUGAUUCUUAGGCUGUCUCAGUCUGAAGACAGGAAGCUGAAGCAACUCCUGGAGCGUGAAGACCUGGAGGACAGAACACCUAGCCAGUUCCUCAGACAUUUGAAAAGCCUCGCCGGGGAUCAGAUUCCUGAAAAACUACUAAAAAGCAUAUGGCGCAGUAGGUUGCCGCCAACGGUACAAAGCAUCAUGGCGACGCAGGAUAAAACAUCGUUGGAGGAUGCAUCCGUGCUAGCGGAUAAAAUUUACGAGCUAGCACCGCAUGGCACAAUGGCGGCGGUAGACCGGCCACCACCAAUCAGCGACCUUGAGCGGAAGGUCGACGAAUUAACGCAGUUGGUAGAAGAAAUGACCCGAACUUCGCGGCCGCCAUGGCGUGGCGGCAGACGCAGCAAAUCGCGCGAUCGCAGCGCCAGCAGGGGAGGUUUUUCUUCACGGCAAACGGCCGGACGAACCAGCGCGCCAAAAAGAAAGUUCGACGACUGCUGGUAUCACUACAAGUUCGGCGAUAAGGCUCACAAAUGUAUCCCGCCAUGUAAGUAUUCGCCGGGAAACUAA